AUGGCUGCUAAAUGUGCCACACCCUUGCGGUCUUUGAACCCACAGCCCUUCGGACGGAUCGUCAGCCGGCGACUGUACAGCAGCCAGGGCCCGACAGUGGCCGUCUUGUUCCAAGAUAUUGAUCCUCCAGUCAUUAACGGGGUUUGUAAACCUCGAAAGCCGGGUGGCUAUCAAGACUCGGGAGCAGACAUUGCCUACACACUGCGGUCAAAGGGUAUCAACAUCACCACUCCGGACCCUUCACCGCAAGUAUCCAAACACGAAGGCUGGUGCUUCUCAGAUACAGAGGAAGGCAUCGUCUCCGCCGUGAAUAACGGCGCUACCCAUCUUUGGGCUAAUACAAUUCUAUUUGAUUCGCACCCGCUGCAACGAUCUCAGAAAUUAACACCCUAUGCCUCGGAUCUAUAUGUCGUGGGUCAGCCACCUGGCCUGGUAGAAAAUUGCGACGAUAAAGCAUUCCUAAACGAUAAACUUCGCUUAUUAGGCGGCUACACUUUACCACGGUCAUGGCUAGUGUCGAAGUCUGAUAACCUGGACGAGUUUCUCGGCUCAAUUAAAAGCUUCCCUGUUGUCGGCAAACCUGUUCGCGGACGCGGAAGCCAUGGCGUAAAGCUAUGCCAUAGCCCCGCCCAGCUCAAGCAGCAUAUCGAGGCCCUUCUUGGGGAGUCGCCUUUGAUUAUGAUUGAAGAAUACCUAGCAGGCGAGGAAGCUACCAUCACAGUUAUGCCGCCAUCGCCAGAACGGCCUGGGCACUGGAGUAUGCUGCCCGUGACGAGGUUCAACCAUGCGGACGGCAUUGCUCCGUACAAUGGAUCUGUCGCGGUGACAGCAAACUCCCGUGUUGUGACGAAGGAGGAGAUGAAAGAUCCAGCGUAUGGAAAGGUUAUGGAAGAAUGUCAAGGUGUAGCCAAACUUAUUGGAGCAACGGCGCCGAUCCGAAUUGACGUGCGACGCUUCGGGGAGGGCUCGGAGUUUGCGCUUUUUGAUAUCAACAUGAAGCCGAAUAUGACUGGCCCUGGCCGUCCCGGUCGCGAGGAUCAGGCCAGCUUGACUGCCAUGGCAGCGGCCGCCAUCGGUUGGGACUAUGGAACUCUCCUGCAGAAGAUUCUGGCCAGCGCACAGCGUCUAAGUGCUUUCCGUGACUAUCGUAGUCCAUUUUAA